GCGCGGGGGCGGCGGCGCCAUGGGGCUGCGAGCGGGCGGCGCGCUGGGCAGGGCCGGCGCGGGUAGAGGGGCGCCCGAGGGGCCCGGGCCGAGCGGCGGCGGCGGCGGCGGCGGCGGCAGCGCGCAGGGCAGCAGCAUCCACUCGGGCUGCAUCGCCGCGGUGCACAACGUGCCGCUGAGCGUGCUCAUCCGGCCGCUGCCGUCCGUGCUGGACCCGGCCAAGGUGCAGAGCUUGGUGGACACGAUCCGGGAGGACCCGGACAGAGUGCCCCCCAUCGACGUCCUCUGGAUCAAAGGGGCCCAGGGCGGUGACUACUUCUACUCGUUCGGGGGCUGCCACCGCUACGCAGCCUACCAGCAGCUGCAGCGAGAGACCAUCCCCGCCAAACUCGUCCAGUCCACCCUCUCGGACCUCAGGGUGUACUUGGGCGCGUCUACACCGGACUUGCAGUAGCAGCCUCGUUGGCACCUCCAGGAACUCAGGAGACGGAAGCUGGCUUCCCGCGGGCUGGGCCUUGGAGCAGGCGGAGCAGGCGCAGUCUCUUUGCUCCCUUGGGAGUGAGGGUGUGGCUCCAGGCCGCAGGGCCUUCACUAGCCGCACAGCCUUGGACUUACGACGUACAGGGUGGGAGAACGCAGAAUCCUGGCCUCCCCUUGCAGGCUUGCGCAGGGGGAGAAACGAGAAAGGGGAUGGGUUUGGAGAGCCACGUGCUGCCGGCUUCUGAUUCCCAAGGCCCAGGGCCUCCCGCUGCCUUGUCUUCAUAUAGACCAUGGCGUGGACUCCAUUCCACUGCAGUGGCUUAAAUAAACAGGCUUGUUUCCACACAGAA